AUGCGCCCGGGUGCCCAGCGCCCGGAUGCCAAGUGGACAGUAUUUAUCGGUGCCUUGCACGGGAUGAUCACGGCUGAGGCCCUAUGUGCUAUAAUGAACGACCUCUUCGGAAAUGUAGUCUUCUCUGCGCUAGAUACAGACAAGUACAAGUAUCCCAUAGGUUCAGGUCGAGUGUCCUUCUCUAGCCAUAAAAGUUACAUGCGUGCAGUCACGGCCAACUUUGUGGACGUCAGAACUCCAAAGUUCAGUAAAACUAUCCAGAUUGACCCAUAUCUAGAGGAUUCGGUGUGCAAUCACUGUAAUGUCUACCCAGGUCUAUACUUCUGUCGUGCUCUCGACUGCUUUCAGUACUUUUGCCCAAGCUGCUGGCAACUCUGGCACAAUUCGGCCGAGCUACUCUACAACCACAAGCCUUUACGCCGAACGAUUAAACCAAUAACUGAGCGCAGUUAA